ACUUCAUUGUGCGUGCGCAUUAGCUUACACAAGCGAAGCGACCAACGCUUGCAGCACAAAUAAGCAGACUUCGAGCACGCAACAAAGUAGCUACUUGAAUUUGUGAAGCCUUAGGUGCCCUGUUUCAGCGGUCGACAUGCUGCUAUGGGACCGCGCCACGCACGUCUUCUUUCUGCGGGCGCUUGCGAAGCACAAAAUCCCCGGCUCCACCAAGGGUGGCGUACUGGGCGACAUCGCAACAUGGAUGGUGGUGAAGGAGCUGGUGCGGCCCGCCACGGCCCACACCAAGUCCGACUUCGUGCAGUGUCUGGUGGGCGGCCAGCUACCGCCCAGCUACAGCCUGCCCUGGUGCGGCCCCAGCGGCAGGAUGGAGGCGGCGGCGCCCACGGGCGAGGGCGGCGGUCUGGGCACGCCCACGGCCCAGGCCAUGUUCGGACCCACCACCUACUUCGCCAGCCACGCCUGGAGCUACAAGUUCAGUGAGCUUGUGGAGCUGCUGGAGGCGCACUACGCCGCGCUGCCGGCCAGCCAGGGCGGGGCGGCCUACGUGCCCGUGUUCUACUGGGUGGACAUCCUGGCUGUGACGCAGCACUUCACUGGAGACUUCAAGGACCACCCCGACUCCAACUUCCCGGGCGUGAUCCGCGCCAGCCAGGCCGUGCUGUUCACCAUGCACCCCUGGCGCAGCCCCGUGGCGCCGACCCGCGUGUGGUGCCUGUUCGAGGCGCUCACAGCCGUGGAGAGCAAGGGUGUGGGCCUUGAGGUGCUGCUGGACACUCGCGACAGCGCCGACACGCGGCCGCAGACGCUGCUGGCCAUUGUCAGCUCCAUCAACGUGCUCACGGCGCAGGCCACGGUGGCCUCCGACAAGUCCUACAUCAUGGACUGUAUCGCCAAAGGGCUGGGCGCCGCCGCCUUCAACGCCACACUCAAACGCCUGCUGCGGGCCGCGCUGCUGGACACCAUGGUACGCAAGGCCUUCCGCGGCGCCCGUACGGCCGAUGACGCCGUGUCGUACGGACCCCUGGUGGAGCUGCUCAAGACCAACGGCCGCAACCUGCCCAACGGUGUGGUGGACGUACCCAAAAUGAUGCCGUACGCCGCCGUAACCGACGUCAUCAGCCUGGUCAGCAGUUACUCCGCCGCCAACUGCCCGCGCGUGCUCGUCCUGUCGGGCCGCGACGGCUGUACGGAGGAGCGGCACCGCCGCCACGUGGGCGGUACGGCCGAGGACUGGGUGAUCGACUACUACACAGCCUGCAUCAAGAUCUGGUCGUACCUGCCGCUGGCCAACAAGGCGGCCGGCGCGCUGGGCCGUACACUGGCCAAGCUUGCCAGCGGCGGCGGCGGCGGCGGCGCGGCCGGGGGCAGCUUGGCGGCGGCGCCGCGGCCCGCGCUCGGUAGCAGCAGCAGCAGCAGCAGUAGCAGCGGCGGCGGCGGCGGCGGCGGCGGCGCAGCGGCCGCAGCCGCUGCAGCUAGCGCCGGAGCGCUGCGCGCGGGCCGCGGCUCCAUCCCAAUCGCGACGAGCGGCAGCACCGGCGUCGCGUCCUCGACGUCUGCAACGUCUGCCUCGGUGGCCGCCGCCACCACCGCGGCUACAAUUUCCGCCGCCGGCCCCAUCGCCGGGCGGCGCGCAGGCCUUGGUGCAGCAGGCAGUAGCAGUAGCGGCGUGGCAGCCACAGCCACAGCCACUCCCGCCGGGAGUGCAACCGGCGGCACCCGGGCUGCGCCCAUUGCGGGUCGCCGCGCUGCCGCUGGUACCAGCGCCGCUGCCGCCAGCAGCAGUGGCAUCGGCGCCGGCGGCGCCAACCCGCUGGCCACCACUACUGCCACCGCCCUCGCAAGCAGCGGCGCUAGUGGCGGCGCUGGCAGUAGCAGCCGCAGCCUCGCAUCGGCGGCCGCUGGCGUCGGCGUCGGCGGCGGUGCCGGUGGCGGUGCCGGCGGAGAGGACGACGGCGACGGCGCGGGCGGCGGCGGCGCCGGUCCAGGGCUUCAGGAGCUGUACCUGCGGCUAGGCAACGCCGCGCCGCCCAUUCGGUGGCGCCAGCCGCUCGGCGACAAGGAAAAGGGCAUCUUCACUGCCGAGGAGGUUGCCAAGGCCGCGAAACCAGAGGAGUUUCGCGCCUGGAAAAAGAAGCAAGACCCGAACUGGGAGUCGGUCUAUGAAAUGGAGGGCCUGCCAAAGCAUCUAAUCAAGCAGAUGAAGCUUGACUGGCAGGAGAAAGAGGAGUUUGAGAAGUGGAAGGACUCUGCACUGACCCAGCUCGCGGUGCAGCGCGCAACCAAGGACGCGAGCGCGCGGGCGACACUGGAGCGGCAGGAGCGUGCGGAGCGUGGCGAGCUGUGGCGCGGCCUGGCGGUGUACGGCGCGCUGCGCGUGUUGUGCCUGCACCGCAGCGUGCUGUGCUCUGACGACGUGAAGCAGCUGGGUGCCGUGCUGCGCGCCAGCCGCGGCCUCAAGGAGCUCCUGCUGAUUGAGUGCGAGGCGGAGGAGGAGGGCACGCCCACGCCCGGGGUCGCCACGCGCGGCCGCGGCUUCGGCGCCGCCGGCAGCACUGCGCCGCUCACUGCGCGGCUGCUGGCGGCGGCGCUGGGCGGCAGCGGCAGCCUGACGCGGCUGACGCUGACGCCGCCACGGCUGGCGGCGGUGGAGGAGUGGGAGCCGGGCAUGACGGCGGCGGCGGCCGCUGAGGGCGGGCAGGGGCUGGAGGCGCUGGUGCUGGCGCCUGUGGCGCUGGGACCCGCCGCCGCCAAACAGCUUGCGGAGGUGCUGGCGGCGAUGCCUGCGCUUCGCGGCGGCGCAGUCGACAGCCUCAAGGCGCCGCCGCUGACGGCGCCGCCGGCGGCCGCCGCCGACGAAAUGACGGCAGAGAUGACUCAGCCGUUCAAGCAACCGGAGAGCUACCCCAAAACCGUGCCGGCGGAAACGCUGCGGAAGAUCGACUGGAGGAUUAGCUACCCCCGCGGUACGACACACGAGAUCCUCAGAUCCACGCGCACGCCGGAUCUGUCGUACUAUCCGCAGUAUUGUGGCCCCGUGCCGGAGGCGGAGGUCGCGGCGCUGCCGCACGUGCUGCAUCUGGCCUCGGCUCGCGGCGGCGCGGCUCAGCCCGCACAUCGCGUGGCCGUGCUCACACACUGGCUGUCAGCUGUAGCAGCCGGCCCGGCCCCGGCGGCGGCGGCUGUAGCACGCGCCAAGCUUGCCGCGUCGCGCAAGACCGCCAUCGUCGCAGAGCCCUCCGAGUGCAAGCCUGCGGGCGGGCCGCAAGUGGACGACUCACUGCUUGAGACGGACAUGGAGGUGGGCGCCGCCGGUGUGGAGGCGCGCAUGGCGGCACUGCUGGCGGCGGCCCGGGAUCUGGAGGCGGCCUCCCUCCAGGCCGCGGGCGGCUGCUCCUAUGCCUCCUGCUGGCCGCACCUGGUGCCGCCCAGCCGCCGGCGCGAAGUGCUCGGACCCGAGGCAGACCGCCUGCUGUCGGACGCGCCGCGGCCGCCGCCCCUGCCGGCGGCCUCGUCUGCGGCGGCGACGACGACGGGAGGCGGUGGCGGUGGCGCCGGGUUCGGGGGUGGUGCUACAGCCCUGCUGGCCUCGUCGUUUGGCGGGGUGGCUCUGCCGCCUGGCAGUAGCAGCGCGAUUGGGGUGCUGGGCGGCGGGGGUGCUGUUACUGCUGGCGCCGGCGCCACAGCAUUGGCACCGACGGCAGCGGCUGGCGGCGGCGGCGCACGUGGAGCGGCUGCAGCAGGCGGCGGCGACGACAGUGACGAUGAUUUCACUGACCUCGACAACGUGGGCUGGAAGCCACAGCCGGGGCUCAAGUGGCAGUAGCGGAUGGGUGAAAUGGGCGCAUGUCUACAUUGAUGUCUGCUGGGCCUAGCUGGGUGCGGCAUGGAAGGGCGUACUGAUGAAUACUCGAUUCAUUGAUUCAUAAGGUCAAACUCGAAGUCUUCAAAUGCAAUCGAGAGGCGGUCCAGUCAGGCGCGGUUGGACUGCACCCCGGUCACACUAUCACAGGCCACCGCAGAUAUGGAAUGGCUGUCGCUAUAACUUUUGAUUCUUGGUGCCUAGUCCUAUUGCGGUGAUGGCAUAGGGCACGGUGGUCUGGGCGCAGGCCAGGCGCAGCCAGCAGGAGAGGGGGUUGGGACGUGCGCGUGCAUGCGAUGCGUAGGUGGGGGCUUGGGACCGAGCAGCCUUGACAUUUUGAAAUAUUUAUACGAGCAUGAAAUGUAAUCUCCGCAUGCA